AGCCAAUUCCCCAGAUCAAUUGACAUCCUCCGCCUGAGCACGAGAGGGGAGAUGGCUCCCCGCCGGCGCAGCCCCUCUCCGCCUCCUGCCUCUCUCCCAGACGACGACGACAUGCUCCGGGAGAUUCUCCUCCGCCUCCCCCCGCGGCCGUCCUCCCUCCCCCGGGCCUCCCUCGUCUGCAAGCGUUGGCGCAGCCUCGUCGCCGAUCCCCAAUUCCGACGCCGCUUCCGCGACCACCACGGCAAGCCCCCUCUCCUUGGCUUCUUCCUCGAGGACUAUCCGUCCUCUCCGUUUGUUCCAAUACUGGAUCCACCAGAUCGCAUCCCCGGCGCUCGCUUCUCCAUGACUCUCAACAAGGGCAACCGCAUCGUUGACUGCCGCCACGAACUCGUCCUUUUCAUCCGCCGGAGCCCGCGGCGCCGCCUAGUGGUGUGGGACCCCGUCGCCCGCGACCAGCGCCGGCUCAUCGUCCCGCUAGUGCUGGACAACGACCAGAUGCUCGUGUUCGACGGGGCGGUGCUUCGCCCUGCCCGCAGCCAAGGGAGCCAUUUCCAGGUGGCCCUGAUAGCCUGUGACACAGAAAAUACAAGAGUUUUCGCAUGCUUCUACUCAUCGCAGACCGGGAUAUGGAGCAAAAUCAACUCACUGCAGCUGCAAUCGUUUAUGUCCACGCCAGAACCCAGUACUUUGAUUGGGAAUUCCUUUUGCUGGUUACUUAAGGUGCAUCCUGACCUUCAACAUGUCAUACUUGAGUUUGAUCUGGAUAAGCAGAGCCUAACUGUGACAGACCUGCCACCACAAGUAAAAGCUCGCCCUUUCAACUUGAGGAUUGUGCCGACCGAAGAUGGUGGGCUUGGCUUCAUCCAUCUCUCAACAUUUCACGGCCAAUUAUGGAAGAGAGAGCCUGGUUCUGUAUGGGUGCACGACAGAGCUAUUGAAUUCGAGGAGCUCAGAUCAGCUUGUAAGGGAGACCGAUACCCCCUCAUAGUGGGGUUUUCCGAGGACAGUAAUGCAAUCCUUUUACAGACGAAUUCUGGUGUUUUCAUGGUCUAUCUCCGGUCCAUGGAGUUUAAGAAAAUUUCCAAUAUGGGGGACUUCCAUCUCCAUUAUCCAUUUGCAUGCUUCUAUCCUGCAGGUACUGGCAUUGGUGAUGGACAUGGUGGAGAUGACGUGUUAGAAGAUGUGAAAUGGUUGUUUGUUGAGACAUGCUAGUACGAUGUGAUGACUGAAGGUAUGGCUAAGUUGGAGGAGUGGCUUAUCGGUGUAGGUUAUUCUAUUUCGUGUUUUCUGGUGUUGUGGCCAGUGAUGGUCCAUUCCAUCUGAAAAUUGAUCCGUUGUAGUAUGUAUUUAUCAUGAAGUGUGAAGUACAUUUGCAUGAACGGACUGUUUAACUUGUUAGCUCCCGCUAUAUAUUUCUUCAGUGGCC